AUGAACGACGAUGCCGUCGAGCUCCGCUUCGACUCUCCCGAGCAGGAGGUCAAGCACUGGAAAUCCAAAGUUGCCGACAUGCAAGAUGCUCUCCGUGAAACCGAGUCUUCUCUCCAAGACUUCAUGGAGUCAUCCAAGGAGCUCGAAACUGAAAUGGAAAAGGAGCUCUCUUCUUCCACCAAGACCAUCUCUGAUCUCAAACGACGAAACGAACAGCUUACGGGUGAUCUUGACGAUUGGAAGUCCAAAUACUCCCGUGCGCUUCAGGAACACAAUGCGACCUUGACAAACUUGCAAAAAGAGCUGGCGGCAUUGAGGGAGGCGGUGGAUGUGUAUAAGGCAAAGUUGAGGGAUACAGAGCUGACCAACGACGAGCUCGAGAAUGCAGAGAGGAUGAUCGCAUCGAGUCUGGCGGACAUGGAGGGGAAGUAUAACAAGACGAUUGAAAAGACAGCACUCUUGGAAGAGGAGCUGAUUGAAAAGACGAGGUUAGAGGAAGAGAAUCAGCGAUUGAAGGAUGAAUUAAGGGAAAUGACGGAAGAGAUGACUGUACUGAGGGAUGUUGUGACGAGAAGUAGGGCUGUUUCGAGGGCAGAGACACAGGCUAGUUCGACCUACGAUGACCAGCCAGUCUCGAGAUCGGAUCAGAGCUUCGAUAGUUCGCCCAAGAAGCCGAGUGCGGUUGAACGUCCGUCGUCAAGACAAGCGCUCAGCUCACCGAGCCUCAACAGAGUUCCAAUCUCAAGAAGGCUAGGUGCAAUGGGUCACAACAGACGAUUGAGCAGAGACGUCCGUGCCGCCGAGGGAUUCCACCUCGCUGCUGUGCAGGACGACAGCUCAGCCCAUCCGUCCACCUCUUCACGUACAUCGACCCUCGCCCGCGGCACACCCUCCCACAACAGCACGUCCCACACCAAUGGUCUCACAUCUUCACCCUCCGCACGAGCACAGCUACGAGCAUCAGUUCGCGCAGCAGCACGCAUCCACGGCCAUACUGGUGUUCCCUCCACACCCCGCUCUGCAAUUCCUUCGAACGGUGCAAAUGCAGCAGGCUCAAAACGUAUGAUGGCAGAAAUGAUCUCCAAGAUGAAGGCGCUCGAAACACGCAUCAACUCUGCCAAGGACUUGUCUCGCGUCGUUGGGCCGAACGAUGAAAGUGCGAUCCCUCGACCUAGCUCUCGUAUGGCUGGAACAGUGUUUGGUUCCCCGACUGCAUCUUCUUCCGCUGCUGGGAUUGCACAGAACUCGAUCCACAUGCCCACCUCUAUACCCCGAGCGCCACGCGCGAGCAUGGACGGGAACCGAACUAUCGGCUCUUCCAUUCCAGUUGCUUCGAGAGUACGACGAUCCAGCUCGAGGAUGUUGGAACGAGGGACACCUCCCAUGCCUAGUCUUGGCUUGCCCCGUUCACAAACACCAAGUGGCUUACACGCGAGAGGAGGCUCCAGAGGCGGACCCUCUCCCCUUCCUCUAGAGUUCAUGGACCACGACCCAGCCAGCACUCUACCUCACGUAGCACGGUACGCAGCAGCACAAGCAGCACUUGCCAACACAUCCGUCAGCUCAGCCAGACGGCGAACCUCUAUGUCAGGCGCUAGCAUGUCUCAUUCGGCAUCUUACGGCUCACUAGCGAAAGUUCGAUCUGGCACUUCAAGCGCACUUCCAAGAGCAACGACUCCUUCCUCCAUAGCAGCACCCAGGGUCACCCAAAGCACCAUGUCGCACUAUGGAGACAGUUCAGGGGUCGCAAGAACUCCGCUUUCGACUAGACUAGCGUCUUCGCACAGGAAUGGGAGUAGCGCGAGGGGAAGUGUGAAUGGUCCGCCGAGUUCGUGGAAGUCGAGUACGGCAAGGGAGAUGGUCGGUUCCGCGUUAACUAGGAGUAGGAGUGGCAGUUUGGGGUCUCAAAAUAAUGAUUUGACAUAG